AUGAAGGAACUAUAUCUUCACCGAGCCGUCGAAGUACAGCCCUGUUUUAACCGAGAUGUCUUGCGUGAUCUCUCGGACCGGGCCACGACCGCACGUCUCGAGCUAGAGGCUUGGGCUGAGGGCGAAAAUAUCCAGUUUGAUACCUCCCGUCCAGGUGAUCGGGCUACCCAAGUUUUUGGAACAGAUGAGGAAGACCUCGAUUCGCAAGUCCUGCAAUCUGCUACUACCGGCAAUCUGCAAACACUGCGUGAGUGGACGGCAAAACUUGAUACUGCUCCUGAUGCUCGGGAGCGCGCCACCCGUACAUUUCUCGCCGCAAUCAAUGAGUAUUCGGAUGAAGUGCUGGCAGUUCUCCUGGAGAGUGGGUUGGUUGAUAUUCAUGCCGAAGACGAUAUCAAUGAAAGGAACUGUUUACAUGAGGCCGCGAUCUCAGGCCGAGAAUUCGUCUUCAAGGCUGGCAUGGCUGCAGGAAUCGACGUUGCCCAGUCAGAUGUGUAUGGCAGGAUUCCUCUACAUUAUGCCUGUGUACAUGGUAGGGUGGAUAUGGUGCGCGAGCUACUGGCUGCUGGCCCUAAUACAGUUGACAUGACGGAUCACAACAAUUUCACUGCACUGCUUCACAGCAUCGUCAAGAAUCAGUUGGCAUGUGCCGAGCAACUUCUCCAGAACAAUGCCCGGAUCGGCCCUGGAUCAGAGUCUGAUCAUAUCCCUCUCAAUCUUGCAUGCCAGCAUGGAUCGAUUCCAAUAGUCAAGAUGCUUCUUCAACGAAAUGCCCAAUUGCUCCCAGAUGCCGAAGGUCUCUAUCCCCAACACAUGGUUGCACGUGCUUCGCAAUCUCCCGAGCUCUUGCUACUCCUCAAGCAGCACGGAGCCAAUAUGGAUCAGAGGGACAAAUUAUAUCAGUGGACUCCGCUUUUCCAUGCAGCAAGUGAAGGCUGCGUAAACUGCUUGCGCACUCUUUUGGAACUUGGAGUCGACGAUGGCGCUAUCGAUGAGAAGGGCCUAUCUGCAAUGUAUUAUGCUGCGUGGGAAGGACAUCUGGAAUGUAUGCUCCUCCUGUGGUCUCAUCGCAGUGAAUCACCCCUCCCUCAGAAGCCAUUCGAUAUUCUCAACGGUUUGAGAUUGCAAGAGCCAGCCUCCACUGCCAUGGAUCAGGAGUUUGCAACCUCUGGUGACAUGGAAAUCGCCGAUGGCAUUCCAGAUCUCUCUCUCCCUCCACCAAUCAUUCCUUUGAGACGCUACGGACACAACUUCCUGGACAAAAAGAUCUUUGUUCAAAUCCUAUUUGAUCCCGGUAGUUCGGGUUCUCUCUGUUUUGACCAAGCUGGUCGUCAUCCUGCUGCUAGGUUAACGAUUUCGUCAAAACUUUCAGAUUUGAUUCCUCGAACUAUUAUGCUUCCCAUCCAGGAAGAUUCACGGACCAUCUCUUUCCACGUUGAUAACCUCGAUUCUUUCGCUGUCGAUUUCGAAAUUUUCCCUACAUUCGGUUCCAAGGUAAUCGCGAAGACCGUUGCUUUGCCAACCGUUUUCCGAGCCAAGACAUCUAGCACUGGAUCAUGCACUCUGCCCCUCUUUGAUCCUAGGUUACGAUCCAUUGGCCAGCUACGCUUUGGCUUUCAGGUCAUCAAGCCGUAUCACGGUGAUCCUCUUGAAAUUACGCACUUCGCGACAUACUGGAAAGCGACUAGUGCGCUCGACUCUGAACAUAAUGGCUUGGUCACGGGAUCUAGCCUGUCAGGGGAUCAUGCUCAAUUGUUCGUGCAGCUCACAAGGGAUAGAGUGCCUGUGUUGUAUCCGCAGUUUAUCAUUCACCAUCAUAACGUGGAGAUACCCAUCUGCCAUCUGACGUUCAAGGAGUUCAAGACUGUGGGCGCCGAAAGGGGCGUGGACCCUUCGGAGAUAACCCGGUUCUUGAAAGAGGAAGCAAUCAACGACAUAGCGCAAACCCAUCGCAUCCUUGCCAGAUCCUUUUUUUCGUUGCGGGAAGUGCUUCAGCAGCUUCCUAUCAGUGUCAACAUCAACCUAUCAAUCCUUUAUCCAUCACCUGCGGAGGAGCAAACCUUACACCUGACGUCUUUAGCGGACGUCAACACCUUUGCAGACUCUAUUCUUACUGAAGUUUUCGACCAUGCGCGUGUUACCAGAGAACAGAACCCAGAUUUCUUGCGCUCGGUGGUGUUUACCUCGUAUAAUCAUAAUAUAUGCACUGCCUUGAACUGGAAACAGCCGAACUUCCCUGUACUGCUCUGCAACGAUCUUGGUCAAGUUCGGGACUUGGCUCGGGACAUUGGUUCCAUGCCAGAAGUUGACAGUAGCGGCCGCGCAUCAAUGUCAAUCAAGGAAUCAGCUCGGAUCGCCCAGAGUAACAAUUUCAUGGGCUUGAUAUGUCGUUCUAGCCUUCUGAAUGUUGUGCCUGCUCUUGUCGAAACAAUCAAAGGACUUGGUCUUGUCCUUGUUGCCGACACUUCCGAUGAAGCCGAAGAAGCAGAAGGGUCAAACCCUUUGAGUUCUGCAAACUCGACGGGUGUUGCCGAAUGGGCAUACCGUAUGCCUGAUGGUGUGAAUGGUGUAAUGAAGGCCAACGGCAUUCUGAGAUUUAACGACAUGAUUGACAUGUAA